GGCCCCCUUCCCCCACUGGAGUUGGGGGUGCAGCUGAGCCCCCCCGAGGCCGAGCUGGACCUGGGGCUGCUUGAGCGCCUCGGCCCCGCCCUUUCCGCCCUCUGUGGCCACGCCCACGGCCGGGACACGCCCACGGGGGAGGAGGACACGCCCUCUGGCAAGGCGCGAGCCUCCGGGUGGGGCUGGGGCGCCCCGCGGUGGGCGGGGCCGGGGGGCGGGGCCGCGGCCUGCGACAGCCUGGACGUGACGUACGAGGCCGAGGACUUGGGGACCCUCCCCUGCCUGCACGCGGAGCCGGGGCCCGGCCCGAGUGGGCCCCGCAGUGUCCCCACGCUGGAGGUGACAGUGGCAGCCGCGCCCCCCAGGAGCCCCCCCGGGCCCCCCCCGACCCCAUUCUCUGCCCGGCGCAGCAUCUACGAGAGCCAUGAGCUGGUGCUGCCGGGGACCCCCGAGGAGUUGGGGGCGUUCGUGGGGCGGGCCCUGGGGGGGGCCCCCUGGACCCUGCGGGUGACGUUGCCCCGUGCCCACCUGAGCCUGAGCCCCCCAGAGCUGCUGCAGCGCCUCUACAACCGGAUCAACAACGACCUCCUGCUCUGGGACCCCGCCGGCCCCGCCCCCUCGGAAGGCCCCGCCCCCUCCGAGGACCCCCCCCCCUCGGAAGGCCCCGCCUUCUUCCGGCCCUGCAGGUCCGCGCUGGGCACAGACUCAGAGGAGGAGGAGGAGGAUGAAGGCUCCGGGGGGUCUCCGCAGGACCUUGGGGACACCGGGGACCCCCCCGAGCCCCCCCAGAGCGGCGGCGCCAUGCUUGUCACUGUGCCCUGGGGCCGCGUCACCGCCGACUGUCCCCCCGCGGGGGGGGUCCCAGGGUCCCGGCUGGUGCUGGAGGUGGGGGAGGGGCGGCUCUGUGUCCUCCCCCGCCCGGGGGGGGUCCGGGGGCUGUCCCGGGCCUGCGCUGACAUCCGGAGCCUCGUCCUGAGUCACGGCCCGCUGCCGGAGGAGGGGGAGGGGUCGGGGCCGCCCCCCUGCCUGCACCCACCCUGGUGCCCUGGGACGAGCCCGCACCCCCUCCCGGGGUCCCCCCGCCCCCCCCGGAUGUUGGCGCUGGCCCUGGGCAGCAGCAUCGCCCCUCGCGGGGACACCAAGGAGCUGGUGGUGGCAGUGGCCCUCGAGGGGGUGAUGCUGCGGCACCGCCCCGACCCCCCCGGGACCCCCUGGUACAGCCAGCUUCUGGCCCUGCUGGCCCUGGAGGACGAGCCGGUUUUGGGGUACACAGCCCCUACUCCCCUGACUCAGCUGCACCUGCACCUGCAGCGCUGCGGCCUUGACUACAGGCCGCCGCCCCUCCCUCUGCGGGUGCUGGUGACAGCGGAGACCCUGAGUGUGACCUGCGGGAGCGGCCGCGACCCCCGCCGGGGGGGGCUCAGGCUCUUGGUCGAUGACGGCUCCGUGUUCCUGAGCGAGCGCUGCGGGGGGGGGGGCGCUGGACCUGCAGAGGGAUUUCGUGUCCGUGCUGGACGUGGAUUUCCUGGAGCUGCUGCUGACCACCUGGAGGGGGGCGGACGGCGAGGGGGGGGCACCCCCUCCCGAAGAGCUGCUGGUGGCCCCCGCUCGCCUGCGGGGCCGCACCUGCGCCGACAGCGCCGCUGCCAUCGCCCGCCUGCUGCGGCACCUGGGGACCCCCCCGCGGCCCCCCGCGGGACCCCCCCCCCACCGACGGACCUACCCCCGGACCCCCCCCGCCGGGGGCACCCGUGGAGAGACCCCCGGGAGACCCCGAGCCCUCCCCGGGGGGAGAACAGGCCCUCCCCACGGCCCCCCCUGCCCCGAUCAACCAGCAGGACUUGACGGACGCCCUGAGGGACCCCCCCGGGGCCCUCCUCAGGGACCCUCGGACCCCCGCUCAGGCCCCGCGCCCCCCAGCCCCUCCCGUGUCUCUGUACCUGUUCCCGGGGGAGGGGGGGGGCUCCCCCCGGGCCCUCCCCGAGGCCCCCGAGCCCCCCCUGAGCCCCCCCCGGGGGGGCAGCGCCGGCCCCGACCCCGAUCCUGACGGGUUCUGCGUUCUCGAGGCCCCCGAGACCCUGAGCCUGCCACCCCCCGGGUGCGCUGGCUGGCCCCCGGCCCCCUGCGGGUGCUCCCUGGGCACUUUGGGGUCCCGCGGGGGGAGCGGGACCGGCUGCGCCCCCCCCCGGGGCUGCCCCCCCCCCGCACCCGCCUCGUCCUGCGCGACCUCAGCCUCACCUGGGCUCUGUUCGGGGGGCGGGACUUCGGUCCUGACCCUGCCCACUUGCAGGUGGGACACGCCCUGGUGGGUGGGGCCGAUAAAGACACACCCAUGGGUGGGGCUGGGACACACUCUGGGGUGGGAGCUCGGCCCUGGCCCCGGCCAUCACUGGUGGGACACGCCAUUGGGUGUGGCCAUUUGUUGGGACACAGCCCAAAUGCGGAGGGGCUUGGGUGGGCGUGUCUGGGCAUGGAUACGCCCUUGGCCACAUGGAGGGGGCUGAUGGGCAGGCCACGCCCUGGGGAGGAGCUGAGGAAAUGGCCACCCCCCUGGGAGGGGCCUGGUGUGGGCGGGGUCAGGCUCAGCCCCAACCUGAUUGCUGAAAGGGGCGUGGCUUGUGCGCUGGGUGUGGCCGGGAGGGGCAGUGG